AUGCAACGCACGCACGCACUCACGGUGCCAGCCAGGCAGCCAGGCUCCAUCUAUCUAUCACCGCCAGCCUGUCUCUCGCUCUAUCGCUCUCUCUCUCGGCGUACGUCAGUCCUUGUCUCUCAAGCGCUCCGCCUUGUACCUCUCGCCGCCGGCGUCUUCCGUCGUACCAUGCAGAGCUUCUUUGGUCGCGCCAGCAGGAACCAAAGGACAUUCCGGCCCAAGAAGAGUGCUUCAGCGGGGAACAACGGCAUGAAGCUGAAGAGGCACAUCGACGCCACCAUCGGCAGCGGUAAUCUGCGAGAGGUGGUCCGCCUGCCAGUCGGAGAGGAUCUCAACGAGUGGCUCGCUGUCAACACUGUCGACUUUUUCAACCAAGUGAACAUCCUGUACGGCACCCUCAUGGAGUUCUGCACGCCAGCUACUUGCCCCACCAUGUCAGCCGGUCCAAAGUAUGAGUACAGGUGGGCCGAUGGAGUCAAGAUCAAGAGGCCCAUUGAAGUGUCCGCACCAAAGUAUGUCGAGUAUCUGAUGGAUUGGAUCGAAGCCCAGCUCGACGAAGAAUCCAUCUUCCCUCAAAAGCUUGGAGCUCCCUUCCCUCCAAACUUCUGGGACGUCAUCAAGACGAUCUUCAAGCGGCUGUUCAGGGUGUAUGCGCACAUAUACCACUCUCAUUUCCAGAUGAUUCUCAAGCUCCAGGAAGAAGCACAUCUCAACACCUGCUUCAAGCACUUCAUGCUCUUCACAUGGGAAUUUCAGUUAAUCGAUAGGGCAGAGCUAGCUCCUCUCAGGGAGCUGAUCGAGCCCAUAUUAGUUGGACACUAG